GAGGGUCAGUUUCUCUAGCAAACGGAUUGAAUGACUGGACGGGGAGUCGCGAAGGACGACGCAUGAAUUGACACGAAUUGAACGAAACCCUCUUGCUCAGAAUGGCCCCGCGCACGCUCAAUCCGUGCUCAUACCUGCCCCGGCGGUUGCAGAUAGUGAGCAGCCUGGCACUGUUCAUCCUCUUCUGCAUCAUCAUCUUCGGCCAGUCGACCGUCGACGUCCCUUAUCGCGACGAAGUCAACGAAGGCGCUCGACGAGUGACGGCAUACCUACCGAAAACACCUGGCCUACCGUCCGGCCUCAACCCUUUCAGGACACCAGCACAUUCACCACCACCCGAACAAGCCAACAGCACUAGCGGCGAGGCACGAUGGUUCUCGGACUGGAAGUGGAUGAAUCCCUUCUCAUCUUCGAUAACGCUCGACGAGAACAGAGCCGUACUUCCCCCGUUGGCAAAAAGACCGCCGGUAUACACCUACUUCGACGCCGAAUGGUACAAAGACGAAACGUCGCUCGAGUCGGUCCACCACCUUCUCCUGAUUUGGAGACGCGCCUGGUGGGCCCAAGGCUUCAAGCCUGUUGUGCUGGGGCGUCCUGAGGCUAUGAACAACCCGCUGUAUGCAAAGAUGGCCCAGUUGGAGCUAGAAGAUGACCUGAAGACGGACGUGAUGCGCUGGCUCGCAUGGGGCAACAUGGGCACCGGAAUCAUGGCCAACUACGUCGCAUUACCCAUGGCGCCACACAACGACCCUGUACUGUCUUACCUACGUCGCGGCGAGUACCCUCAGCUCAACCGAUACGAGGGCUUGGAGAGCGGUCUCUUUGAUGGCCCCAAGGAUCAGAUCAACAAGGCCAUUGAGCAAGUCCUUAGCGCGAAGAAGCCUAUCAAGGCCAAGUCCGUCAUCGACAUGCUGCCUAAAGACACCUUCCACGUCGAUACCAAUCAGAAAGCCAUUGCCUUCUACUCGAGCAAGAACAUCAACAAAUAUUACAAGACCAUCGCUGAGAAGCUGGCAUCCGACGACAAGGAUGUGAGCCGCGAAGGCCUGCGUCUCCUGCCUCAGCUCAUCAUCUCACACUUACACACCACCUGGCAGAACUCGUUCACCAGCGGCAUCGCCAUUUUGAAGCCACUGCCAGAUCACAUGUUCACUCUGGUCAAGCCAGCAAUCGAUCUCGCCCGUAACUUGUCCCAGUGCACAGAAUCACCCGCACCAUCUUCUUGUCCGCCAAAUCGCGAGAAGUGCGUUCCCUGUGUAAGCAGCCAUCCAAUGCGCAUCAGUCAGCCUAUGAUGUUCCGCAACACCUCCGAUCUCUUCACUAUCGGCACCGUACCUCAUCCUUACACCAUGACAUCUUUGCAACAUCAAACCGACUCCCUGACUGUGCGGUUCAUCCGCCGUACAACCAAACGCGACGAGUGGGUGUUGGCAUCAACGAAAGAGUUCUUGGGCACAGGCAUGAGCAGUUUUGCUCGCAUUCCUCACCUCAAGGACGCCGUCGCCUCCGACUAUGGUAGUGCUCGAUCGCUCUGGCUUACACCUGAGAACUUGUCUGACGAGAACAAUGCCCUACUACGCCUCGAUCUUGCCUGGUCUCUGGGUUUCCCCAUCCCAACGAUCGAGUCCACUCUUGAUAACGGCCGCUCAGAAACACCCGUUCCAGGUCCCGAACGCCGUCCUCCUGCACCUAAACCCGAGGGUAGAAUUCCCGAUCCGGUCGAACUCGUGCACGAAGGCACCUUGCUAGAAAAGGCAAGAGCGGUCCUGAAGGGUAAAGGCCCUCGCAACAGUAUACCCAUCCGCGAUGCAGUCGAGGCUUGGAACUUGGCCGAUACAGAAGUGUGGAGAUUCGUGAGAGCAUGGAAUGCACGACGAAGCGUCGAGAGAAAAAAGUGGGAAGCUGAAGAAAGAGCCUUUGCAGGCACUGAAGGCAGUAAAGGAAGCUGGAGUCGAUGGUUCGACAGGGAAUAAAGAGCGAGCAUAUAGCAGCAGCAGCACAGGAU